AUGCGGAAUAUAAUAACGAUCCAUCGAUGCAGCGUAACCGGAACGGUGCAGUUUGAGCGCUUUUCCAAAUGGGAACGAUUGUUGCAAGCCAUGGGAUAUGUUCGACGAUUCCUAAAUAACUGUCUUGGAAAGAGAAACAACUUACCGUGCCUGACUACAAAGAAUCUUUGCAGUAAAGAGAUGCAGGAAGCAGAGAUUAUGGUGUUGAAAUUGGUUCAACUUGAGGUCUACCCGCAAGAAUUUGCUGUGCUUGAAGCGCUGCAGAAAGAUUCGUCGCAUCAUCCGAAACAAAUCGAGAAGAAAAGCCGUAUCUACAAGUUGAAUCCUUUCAUCGGAGCAGAUGGAUUGAUCCGCAAGGACGGGCGAAUUGGUGCAGCUCCCGCAGUAGCAGAUGACGCAAAAUUUCCGGUGAUACUACCGAAAGACCACUACGUAACAAUGCUGAUUAUCGACGGAUAUCACCGAAAGUUUGCACACGCAAACAAUGAAACCAUCGUGAAUGAGCUCAGGCAACGAUUCCAUGUGUCGGAGAUAAGAGUAGCUGUGGGGAAAGUAGCGAAGUCCUGUACAUUGUGUAAGGUACGCAAAGCAGUUCCACGACCACCUCGGAUGAGCCCUCUCCCGGAAGCACGUUUAACCCCCUAUAUCAGGGCGUUCACUUUUACCGGGUUGGACUACUUCGGUCCCGUAACUGUACGAGUAGGGCGCACGAACGUGAAGAGAUGGGCAGCAUUAUUUACCUGCCUCACAACAAGGGCAAUUCAUCUUGAGGUAGCCUUUACGUUGUCGACCGAAUCAUGCAAACUUGCCAUUCGUCGGUUUAUAGCUCGCCGUGGUGCACCGUUGGAGAUAUACUCUGAUCAAGGACUAAAUUUCCAAGGAGCAAGGAAGGAGUUGCGCGAAGAAAUUCGAAAGCUGAAUCAAGAGUUGGCUUCAACCUUCACAAACGCAGCCACACAGUGGAAGAUGAAUCCGCCUUAUGCUCCUCAUAUGGGAGGUAUAUGGGAGCGGUUAGUACGCUCAGUGAAACUGGCAUUGGCAGCCAUGGAGACAUCGAGAAACCCUGAUGAUGAAACCUUUCAAACCGCAUUGACAGAAGCUGAAUCCAUCGUAAACACACGGCCGCUUACAUAUCUACCCUUGGAUUCCGCAGAGAGUGAAGCGCUGACACCUAAUCAUUUCCUGCUUCUUAGCUCGAAUGGAGUAUGCCAGCCAGUCGCUAAUCCGGUCGACGUGAAGUCCACGCUUCGUGCCAACUGGAACCAUGUGCGCGUAAUGCUGGACCGUUUUUGGACAAGAUGGGUUACCGAGUAUCUACCGGUCAUUGCAAGGCAGUCGAAGUGGUUCGGGGAAACUAAGCCCGUACGAGUGGGAGAUUUGGUGAUAGUGGUGGAUGAGGCAAGAAGGAACAGCUGGGAACGAGGAGUAGUUGUGAAGGUGAACCUUGGAAAAGACGGGCGCAUACGGAGCGCGGAUGUGAAAUCGAAGGCAGGCGUAUUUCUUCGUCCAGUAACUAAGCUGGCGGUCUUGGACGUGCUAGAUGAAGAUUGUAUGGCUGAAGACAGAACUUCAAGCAAUACGGGUCCGGGUAUGUGCACAACGAUUCAAGACCCCUCGCCAUCGGCUAAAACCGUUUAG